AAAUUAGGCCGGCUCGUGGUGUCCUCGCUGCUCGAUUUUGGCGUGUGCUCUCCACGGCGUCGUUCGUCUUUCCCUUCUUCCUGUCUAAAGAAUCAUAAGGAAAAAAAAGAGACAAACUAAGGCAUCUGUCUUCUCUCUUUCGUCCUUUCUUCUAGACUCACCAAACGAAACAAGACCCACCCCACCUACUUCAUAUUUCCUUCGUUAAUUCUUUCAUCUAGUUUUCUUCGCCUUCAAAGAUCCUUUUUUGUCUAUUCCUUUCUCUGACCUUCUUUCACGUUCAUCUGAGGUCAUCCUGCUUUGUGAGAUGGAAUUUUUUGUCAGGGACACAAAUGAAGAGUCCUUACCUUUUCCCCAAGGCAUUGUUAGGUGUCCCUUCUUGAGGAACAUUAAUGAGCCAACUAACUUCUCCUUCUCAGCAUCAAUGGCGCAUCCAUUGCCUUGCCCUAACCAGGAACGUGGAGGAAAAGGUCCUAUAUUUGAAGAUGGCCCCAAUUUUGAUAUGGCAUUUAGGCUUUUUCAUGGGCAGAAUGGUGUUGUUCCACUUUCAGGGAGAUUCUUUGUUCCUCGUGAAAAGCCAGAAUCUGAACCUGCACCAGCCCAUUUCAAUCCUUUGGCGGCAAAGGCAGCUACUAUCAGCCUCUCAGCUUUUGGACCUGGUGGCCCUUUUGGUUUUGAUGCAUUCUCGAAAAAGUGGAAGAAUCAGAAAAAGAACUCCCAGUCAUCCAAACGAGAUUCUUCUUCGAAGGGUGGGGAAUUGAAACAUGAAUCUAUGAGCAAUGAGUGGCUGCAAAAUGGGAAUUGUCCAAUUGCAAAGUCUUACAGGGCUGUGAGUGGUGUCUUGCCUAUUGUAGCGAAGGCCCUUCAGCCCCCUCCUGGCAUGAGGCUCAAGUGCCCACCAGCAGUAGUUGCAGCUAGAGCUGCUUUAGCGCGGACUGCCUUUGCAAAAAACCUGCGACCACAGCCACUGCCUGAAAAAAUGCUUGUGAUUGGUGUUUUGGGCAUGGCAGCUAAUGUUCCUUUAGGAGUAUGGAGAGAACAUACAGAAAAAUUUUCGCCUUCAUGGUUUGCAGCCGUUCAUGCAGCUGUCCCUUUUAUAGGGAUGCUUAGGAAGUCCGUAUUGAUGCCGAAGACAGCUAUGGCGUUUACUAUUGCUGCAUCCAUUCUUGGACAGGUUAUUGGCUCAAGAGCUGAGCGAUAUCGUCUAAAGGCAGUUGCAACCAGAAAAUCAGUUAGCCUCGAAACUUCAGUCAAUGGUCCGAUUCAUGGAGCAGUUAUUGGAGUUAACAGUGGCCAUUGUGGCGAGAUUGUUGACUGGAACAAAGUUCCUCUGUCGAUUGCUGUGCCAUCUUCAUCGGCCAACGUGUAUUGUUGAUGUUUGGUCUCUUUGGUUUUCUUCUACUGAUUUGUGCUACCCCCAGCCCCGCCGCCGGGGGGGAGGGGGGGGUGGGGGUGGUGGUGUUUAUAUAUGUCUAUUUUUUCCUUCUUUCAUCGCCUUUUCUAUCCUCAGACUGCAUUCGGCUAUUCAAGGAAUAAAGAGAGAAUGAGAGUAUUCUUGUGAGAGAUUCACUUAUGAAAUAAUUGGAGGAAAGAGUGAUUUGAGUACAAGUAAUAUUUAUUCAUGUAGACUUUUUCAGGCACACAUCCUUGUUUCUAGUUGCGUUGUUGGAUUUUGGUUAAAGAGUUUCUUUCCCUUCA